AUGUCGAGCGAGAACCAGGAGUCCACCACAUCUCCCGAAGUAGAGGAAGGGCCGCAGGUAUAUCGCCCUGGUGGCUUCCAUCCUGUUCAUCUAGGAGAGGUGUACAAUGGAAAGUACAAAGUACUGAGAAAACUUGGCUUUGGGAGAUAUUCAACCGUUUGGCUUGUUCAAAAUGAAGAGGCAUUAAAAGUUUUGAGUGCAGAAUGCUAUGGGGCCGAGAAGGAUGUAUAUGAGCGUGAAAUUCUUGAGCAUCUGCGAGCUGCGGAUCCUUCACACCUUGGCUAUGCCUAUAUCUCAAUGCUGGUCGAUUCAUUCCAACAUCAUGGCCCGAAUGGAUGCCACGUCUGCCUUGUUUUCCCCGUUAUGGGCGAGACGCUCCGGAGCUUCGGAACCUGGUUUGAUGAGCAUAUGAUUCCUAACCAGAUCAUGCGCCGUUUUACUAUCCAGCUUCUCUUGGCCCUGGACUAUGCUCAUGACCACAAUGUUAUUCACACCGACAUUAAACCAGAUAACAUCUUCGUCCAGAUCAAGGAUGACUCGCUAAUUUCGGAACUAUACCUGCCAAAUAACCCUGCUGGUCCAGCGGAUGUUGUCAUAUCAACUGAUCCCCCGAUCAUUCGAUCUCAGCCUCUUAAGUGGGAUUACUUCCGCAAGGGAGCAAACCUCCUAGAGUUUGAUAUUGCCUUGGGUGACUGGGGUGUCGCUAGUUGGACUGAUUCUCACCUUUCCGAGCUGAUCCAGCCUGUUGCUCUUCGAGCUCCAGAAGUACUCAUAGGAGCUCCCUGGGGUCCAAGCACCGAUCUUUGGAAUCUAGGAGCUGUUAUUCUAGAAGUGUUUCGUGCCGUACGCAUGUUUAGCGGGAGAGGCCCACCACAUGGUCAUUAUGAGGUUCGGUACCAUCUCCAUGAGAUAGUGGAUUUUUUUGGGCCAUUUCCAAAGUCACUUUUGCAAAAUGGUGACCAAGAGCUUGUCCAAAGGUACUUUGAUAGUGAGGGGAAGAUAAAAAACUUGCCUCCACUUGCCCGUCCCGCAUUAGAAUCAGAGGAAUUUCUGGGGAAGCUGGAUGGAGAAAACAAAAAGAAGUUUGCAAUGUUCUUAACAUCUCUCAUGAGAAUUGAUCCAGAGAAGAGGAAGUCGACAAUGGAAUUACUCGCUGAGCCUUGGCUCGAUGCUGUGGUAGCCUAG